AUGUUGGUAUCCAACAUAUCUGGAAAAUUGAUGAGUCAGUUGAUGGAAAAGAUGAAAGAGAGGUUGGAGAAGAUGAAGAGGACAGUGAGGCAACAAAGAGCAAAGCUUCAUAUCAUCAGAAUUUGCAUCACUAUGCUUCUUUCUUCCGAUGAUUACUCAUAA